AUGACGCAACCUCGGCACCAGCAGCAGCAGGGAGUUCGUGGCGACGGCGAAACAGGGACACACUACUCGCGCCGCCGUGGGUACCGGUGCCUGUCUGCACCAGCACUUGUGCGGCGUGAUGAAGGAAAAGCUGAAGAGAUCCAUGAUAUUUCAGUUGACAAGACGCUUGACGAUGACUUAGUUGACAAGGCUGUGCUCAUCCCCUUUGUUUAUUGGGACCCGGCCAUCGCGUUCUGCCUCCUGCCGGCGCCAGCCAGCCCCAACGCCGGCGCGCACCCGGUGAAGCCAAGCCACGACAACACGUGUUGCCAUGUCAAGCUUGUUCAACUCAAGCUGCAGGCGCGCCAUCUCUGGGAGGCGGUCGAGGUUGGCGAUGUCGAUUUCCAUGACGACCGCACCGCGCUGGAGGCGAUCUGCAGCGGUGUCCCGACAGAGAUGGUCCCCAUCCUGGCGACCAAGGCGUCGGCCAAGGCGGCGUGGGAGGCAAUCCGGAUGAUGCGGAUCGGGGAUGAUCGGGUGCGGAAGUCUACGGCUCAGAACCUGCGCGCGGAGUAUGAAUAG